UCCUUCUUGCUGCGGCCUAACACUAUCGCGGUCGGCCUCGAAAAAAAAACUGUUUUUUUUUAUUAUAAAUUAUUUUGUCGAAAAAAAAAGUGUCGAAAAAGUGCGAAAAAAAUUUACCCGAUCCGAUCGAGAUAGUGUGAAUCUGUGGAAAAUAAUUGAUAAUAUUCCGUUUGAAAGUUUUUAUAUCGGUUUUAUACUCGCUUCUGUUUGUUUUAUUUUAGUUAUAUAAAGUGAACGUGUGUUUUUAUUGAAAAAAAUCAGAAAAAAAUGUCUCAAUUAAUGAAAAAAAGGUUCCCUUCGCUCACCAGCAUCGAUAUCGAGUCUGACGGAAAUACAUCUUUCUUGCGUGCUGCCCGUAAUGGCCAACUUGAUAAAGUUUUAGAACAUCUGAAAUCCAAUAUCGACAUCAAUACCAGUAACGCUAACGGCUUAAACGCUCUCCAUCUUGCUUCCAAAGACGGUCACGUAGACAUAGUAGAAGAACUUCUCAAGCGCGGCGCCGUCGUCGAUGCCGCUACGAAGAAAGGCAACACCGCCUUACACAUAGCCUCCUUGGCCGGUCAGGAGGAAGUCGUAAAACUUUUAGUCCAACACGGUGCCUCUGUCAACGUACAAAGUCAAAAUGGCUUCACGCCAUUGUACAUGGCCGCCCAAGAAAAUCACGAUAACGUCGUCAAAUAUCUCCUGGCCAAUGGAGCGAAUCAGAGUUUAUCGACAGAGGACGGAUUCACCCCAUUGGCGGUGGCUAUGCAACAAGGACACGAUAAAGUAGUGACAGUUUUAUUAGAAAACGAUACGAGAGGCAAGAUAAGACUUCCAGCUUUACACAUAGCAGCUAAAAAAGAUGACGUAAAAGCCGCUAAAUUACUUCUAGAGAACGAACACAAUCCAGACGUAACCUCAAAAUCAGGCUUCACCCCACUUCACAUAGCUUCUCAUUAUGGUAACCAACAAAUAGCAAAUUUAUUGAUACAAAAGGGAGCGGACGUUAAUUAUGCAGCCAAACACAAUAUAACACCGCUCCACGUGGCCGCCAAAUGGGGAAAGAGUAACAUGGUGGCGUUGCUUCUAGAACACGGAGCUACCAUCGAAGCGAAAACCAGAGAUGGGUUGACGCCGUUACAUUGUGCAGCCAGGAGUGGUCACGAGCAAGUUGUAGAUAUGUUAUUGGAAAGAGGUGCUCCUAUUAGUUCUAAAACAAAAAACGGUCUCGCACCACUCCACAUGGCAGCUCAAGGUGACCACGUGGAUGCUGCACGGAUCCUUCUCUAUCAUCGAGCUCCAGUAGAUGAAGUAACAGUUGACUAUCUCACUGCCUUACACGUGGCAGCGCACUGCGGCCACGUGAGAGUCGCGAAGCUGCUUCUAGAUAGACAAGCAGAUGCAAAUGCACGAGCGCUCAAUGGCUUUACGCCGUUACAUAUAGCCUGUAAGAAAAAUCGGAUAAAAGUUGUGGAGUUGUUAUUAAAACAUGGAGCAAGUAUUGGUGCUACUACAGAAAGCGGGUUGACACCUCUACAUGUAGCGAGCUUUAUGGGCUGCAUGAACAUUGUUAUAUACCUACUUCAACACGAUGCUAACCCUGAUGUUCCAACAGUAAGGGGAGAAACGCCGUUACAUCUAGCAGCAAGAGCAAACCAAACCGACAUCAUCAGGAUACUGUUGCGAAACGGUGCUCAAGUCGACGCUAGAGCUAGAGAACAGCAAACACCUCUUCAUAUAGCUUCUCGAUUAGGCAAUGUCGACAUCGUAAUGCUUCUAUUACAACACGGAGCCAAAGUUGACAAUGCCACUAAAGAUAUGUACACAUCUCUACACAUAGCAGCUAAGGAAGGGCAAGAUGAGGUUGCUGGUGUCCUAUUAGAAAAUGGAGCCUCGCUAGAUGCAACAACAAAGAAGGGUUUUACUCCUCUUCAUCUAGCAGCCAAAUAUGGACACCUCAAAGUGACGAAGCUUCUGUUACAAAAAGAAGCACCAGUAGAUGCUCAGGGUAAAAAUGGAGUGACACCAUUACAUGUAGCGUCGCAUUAUGAUCACCAGAAUGUGGCUUUACUACUUCUUGAUAAGGGUGCUUCCCCUCACGCUACAGCCAAAAACGGUCAUACCCCUCUUCACAUUGCGGCUAGAAAGAAUCAAAUGGAUAUCGCGAACACGCUAUUAGAGUACGGAGCCAAACCAAAUGCUGAAAGCAAAGCAGGCUUCACACCUUUACAUCUCAGUUCUCAGGAAGGUCACGUGGAUAUGUCGGCGUUACUUUUGGAGAACAAAGGCGAUGCUAAUCACGAAGCUAAGAAUGGUUUAACAUCCCUUCACCUUUGUGCCCAGGAAGACAGAGUUCCAGUAGCGGAAGUUCUAGUGAAAAACGGUGCGAACGUGAACUGUGCUACGAAGGGCGGGUACACUCCCCUACACAUAGCCAGUCAUUACGGUCAAGUCAAUAUGGUGAGGUUUCUCCUUCAAAACGGUGCUAAUAUAGAAUCGACGACGUCUCUAAACUACACGCCCCUUCAUCAGGCAGCGCAACAGGGCCACGCUACUAUUGUUAAUAUUUUGUUGGAACACAACGCUGAUCCUAACGCAGUAACAUCGAAUGGUCAAACGCCCUUGAAUAUAGCCCAGAAGCUCGGCUACAUCACCGUGAUCGAAACGCUAAAGGUGGUAACAACGGUGACCAAAAUAACAACCACGACCACCACGAAUAUCGAAGAGAAAUACAAAGUCCAGGCGCCGGAGUUGAUGCACGAGACUUUCAUGUCGGACUCCGAAGAAGAAGGCGGUGAGGACACGGUCCUUGGAGACCACACGUACAGGUAUCUGACGGCAGAUGAGAUGAAGUCUUUGGGCGACGAUUCGCUACCGAUAGAUGUCACUAGAGACGAAAGGAUGGAUUCAAAUAGAAUGAUUUCGUCCGUCGACGGAAUGCCGCCUAUGAUCAUCGAGGACACUAUUAGUCCUGAACAUAUAACGCAGAAUUACGUGGAGUAUAUUAAAAAGUACGCUCCUGAUAAUGUGGAUAUAAACAGGCAUCCGAUUAAUAUUGGUUUUCUUGUGUCCUUCUUAGUGGACGCGCGCGGUGGUGCGAUGCGUGGUUGCCGACAUUCGGGUGUGAGAGUGAUAGUGCCGCCUAGGUGCGCUCCUAGCCCAACUAGGAUAACGUGCAGAUAUGUGAGACCCCAGAGGACGCCUCAUCCGCCUCCUCUAAUGGAGGGCGAAGCGCUGGCUAGCAGAGUUUUGGAACUGGGGCCAGUCGGCGCUAAAUUUUUAGGGCCAGUAAUCAUAGAAGUACCACAUUUCGCUGCUUUGCGUGGCAAGGAACGUGAAAUCGUUAUUUUAAGAUCCGACAACGGAGAAUCAUGGAAAGAACACUCCGUAGAUGCCAGCGAGGAUAUACUCAAUCAAGUGCUCCACGACAGUUUCGAAGCAGAAGACCUAAAUCAACUAGAAGACGUGUCUUCAGGACGAAUUACCAGGAUAGUAACACAAGAUUUCCCUCAAUACUUCGCCGUAGUGUCGAGGAUACGACAAGAAGUACACGCCAUCGGUCCAGAAGGAGGAAUGGUGUCUAGUACGGUGGUACCUCAAGUGCAGGCAGUCUUCCCGGAGGGAGCCCUCACCAAAAAGAUCAAAGUCGGCCUUCAGGCUCAACCCAUAGACCCCGAACUGGCAGCCAAACUCCUCGGUCACGGUGUCGCCGUAUCUCCAGUGGUCACCGUUGAACCAAGACGAAGAAAAUUCCACAAGGCCAUCACUCUGAGCAUGCCGGCUCCAAGGGCGCAUUCUCAAGGCAUGAUCAACCAGUAUUCGGGCUCAGCGCCGACCUUACGGCUACUUUGUUCUAUAACCGGAGGAACAACAAGAGCACAAUGGGAAGACGUCACUGGAUCCACACCUCUUACCUUCGUAAACGAUUGUGUCUCGUUCACUACUACUGUAUCUGCUAGAUUUUGGCUUAUGGACUGCAGGAAUAUCGGCGAUGCCACAAAAAUGGCGACCGAACUUUACAAGGAAGCCAUCCAUGUACCAUUCAUGGCAAAAUUCGUCGUAUUCGCCAAGCGGGUUGAUCCCCUCGAAGCAAGACUGAGAGUAUUUUGUAUGACCGAUGACAAAGAGGACAAAACCUUAGAACACCAAGAGCACUUCACGGAGGUAGCGAAAAGCAGGGACGUCGAAGUAUUGGAGGGCAAACAACAGUACGUGGAGUUCGCUGGUAAUCUGGUACCGAUUACUAAGAGCGGAGAGCAACUUUCCUUCUCGUUUAGAGCGUUUAGAGAAAAUAGGUUACCGUUUUCCGUAAGGGUUAAAGAUCAACACGCCGAAGCCGUAAGCAGGUGUCUUUUUAUGAAAGAACCAAAGGUACCAAAAGGCGAACCACCGCAGCAACCAGUCUGCAUCCUCAACAUAGUCCUUCCAGAUGACAUAGUCACGGAUACGAUAUCCCUCACAGAUAGUGACUCUCUCAAACAAUAUAGGUUCCUCUCGGAAAACUUUGACUAUUAUCGACCUGACCCUAGGCUGGCAGACAUGAGCAAUUUACUCGGCGAAGACUGGGUACCGCUAGCUAACCAACUGGGACUUACCACCUCAGAAAUUAACGUCAUCAAGUCAGAAUAUCCCGACAGCGUUGCCAAACAGGCCCAAAGUAUGUUGAGGAUGUGGUUGUCACAAACCGGCAACAAGGCACAGACGAAUACACUUGAAAACGCCCUAAAGAGGAUAGGAAGAGAGGAAAUUAUACCUCAGUGCCUAAACGUUGACCAAAGUCGAAAAAUCACUAGGAUAAAACUCGAGGAGAUAGGAAAAUAUAGACUGAAAAAAGAUAUAGAUAGUAUAGACAAAGGUGCUGUGAAAGAUGAAGUUGCCCCGAGAGCUGUAGCCGAUACACAAGAAGCGAAGCGAUUCGGUAUUAAAGACAAGUACAAAGCAGAAGAGAAGAUAGUAGUGAGGUCCGAUGAAGAAGAGGAAGAACAAUUCGAAAAACCGGUAGCCGAACGUAGGGAACAAAUUGAAAAACGUCUAUCGAUCGAAAGACAGAUUCCAGCCUCGUCACAACGUCGGGAAAUCGUUCAAGAGAUCACGACGAUUAAAGAACAAAAUCUAGUCGAAGAUAAGUUAGCGGAAGUAGAAGAACGAGUCAGAAGCACGGAAGAUACAGUAAAAACCACUAUUACGAAAUCGACCACCCCGCAGGAGACCAAAACGGUUACCAAAACUGUUGAAGUAAAAACCACAUUACCAUCCGAUACAAUGGUUUCGGAAAUCGUUUUGUCUCCGACGACGCACGUUAGCAAAACCACAACAGUUAUCACAGAAACACGCACAAUUCAAUCUGAAGAUACGCACAAAACACCGGAGGAUGCUGAACUUUUGGAGAAAGUUACGCAGAGUUUUGAGAAAAAGAAGGUCAUACCAAAGUUGAUCGCAGACGAAGAUCCGAAAUCCCCCAACUUUUCGAAAACUCCACCCCCUAGUCCAGCGGACUUUUUGGCUAGAGAUCAGGCAGCCUCAGUUCAAGAAUGGGAAGCCUCCAGAAAGCCGCAAGGUCUCCGAUUGGAGCCCACAGCUCCAGCACUAGAAAAGGAAGCAGCACAGAAAGGAAAAACGACAAUAACUCGUACCGAAGACAAAUCGUUAAGCCCUAGCCUUAUUGGUUUAUCUACCGAUCGACCAUUCGUUAACAAAAAAACGCUAUACGACCUAACCAACGCUCUGAUUCAGUCUGAGUCACGCGCUGAGCCCUAUCACCAUCAUACCGAGAAAAACUACAAACUCGAUAAGCAUGAUUACACGACCGACGAUGAGUCAUCGGCUCCUAUUCGAGAAGAAAAGAAGAAGAAACGGGGCAUUUUCGGUACUCUCAAAAAUUUUGUCGGAAAAUCCUUGGAAUCCGACUCCGAAUCCGAGAAAUCCUCUCCGAAAAAAGAGAAAAAGAAGAAAGAAAAGAAGAAGAAAACGGUCCAACUCCCAUCCGAACUCCCCACGGGUGCUGGCAAAAAGCCCAAGCUCCCAACGCCACCCCCUGAACGAAAAUACGACGAUAUACCAUAUUUCGAAGCUUCACCUACAGACAUACCAGUCCAUCAACUGGAAAUCACUAAGCACCAAAAAACCAAAGCGACCCAUACACCUGUCACAGACUUGGAUAGUCCCGAUUACGACGUACCACCCAAUAUCACACACAAAGCCAGAGAAAUCGUAACAGCUGUCCUUUCCGAUGGAGAACAAAGAGCUAGAUCUAGAUCGAAAUCGCCCAAAAAGCAAAAGACAUUCGUAAUCGAAGAAAAAGUUACGAAAACCAUCGCUCCUCUCACAAUAGAAGAAGAGGAAUUCACCAUAACAGUCGAUCCCAACAAGAAAGGGUCACCGAAAAAAACCAGAGAAACCUUUACACUAAACAUCGACGAAAGCGUCGAACAGAAAGAGAAAGAAAUUCUAGAAAAAGCACCGAUACUUCCAGAAGAAAGCUUGAUUAAACCGAUGGUCCAGAUGCAGCAUCCCAUCAAGCAUAUGCGCAGCCACGUUUACGAAGAUAUUCUAGAACAACAGCUACAUCUAUAUCCGCAACAACCAGACAUUAAAAAAGCCACUACCGACUUAAUUCAAAACGAGAUAUCAUUCACAGGUUGGGCUGAUGAUAAGCACAAUCUUUACAAACCUACACCUCGUGCACGAUCUCCUGAACUCGAUACCAAAGAACCUGAAAGUAAAAUAACCGAUAGUCUGAAGAUGAAGCGCAAGCAAGGCAAGCUAUUUGGUUUGUUUGGCAAGUCUUCCAAAGACGUAGACGAUUCAGACGACGACAGUAGCAAAAGAGAAGUUAUCGAAAAGCAAGACAAAGAAACGUCCAAAGAAAUUGAACACGAAAUCAUUAAAGAAGAAUUAUCUAAGUCACCUAAACUGAAAAAAGGAAAAAGUAAGGAUAAGGACGAUAAAAAGUUCUUGGGUAUAUUCAAGAUAAAACCUGAGGUCAAGACUACAUUCUCUGAUACGGCGAUUAAAGAAAUGAUCGACUCCACAGCUUUCUUAAAGGAAGAAGUUGAUAAAUAUCAUGAUGUUAGACCACUAGCAAUGAUUUCUGAAAUUACUCAACCAACGGUUACAGAAUCACCUGAAAAAGUUGUCUCCGAAUUGAAAAAAUCCGCUCCUCAAUUCUUCACAUCCCAAGAAACUACCGAAGUAAUCACCACCACAACCAAUACAGUAACAAGUACUAUCAAAGAUGAAGAAAAGACUGGGUCCUUGGAUAUAUUCAAAAAGAAAGGAUCUGAAGAAAGAGAUAAGAAACCGGAUCCAAUUCCAAUAUCUAUCGACGUUAUUAGGGAUAUGAACGAUUGUGAAAUAUUUUUAAAAGACGAAAUUCACCGAUACCACGACGUGAGACCAAUUGUUAAACAACAACAAGUAGAAGAAAAGCCACCCACUGUUCCCGCAAGAACUAAAAAGCAGGCCAAACCAUUAGAAUCUACUGUAAUAGAAAGCACAAAAGUAACAACAAAGACUGUAUCGCCCCAUGAAGUUACAGAGCAAGUAGUUCAAACAAGAACAGUAGAAAAGGUACCCGAAAAGGUCAUAUAUGUACCAAAAGAAGGCGAACUUCUUAAAGAAAAAGAAGCAUCACCUCCAAAAGAAAAGGUAUCACCUAAAAAAGAAAAGAAAAAAGUGGAGAAAGAUGGAGGACUGUUUGGAAUAUUCAAAAAGAAAGGCGGCUCUAUGGAAAGAGAAAUUAAAUGUUCAGAAAUUAGACCUGUUUUAUCAGACAUCACUACAAAACAUAUGUCAGAAAGUAAUAAUUUCUUAUCAGAAGAAAUAAACAGAUUUCAUGAUGUACGUCCAAUGGUAAGCAAAGUAAUUGCAGAGCAAGAAAUUCCAGUUGAUACUAAAGAAACCGUAACAGUUGAACAAAAAUCUUCACCUAAAAAGUCUAAAACCAAAGGAGAUAAAGAGUCUGGAAGCCUCUUCGGUAUCUUUAAGAAGAAGCCAUCAGAAGAACGUGAAGUUACAGUUGAAACCACCCCCUUGGAGAGCAAGCUUAUUCUUUCAGACGUCACAGUGAAAUACAUGGAAGACAGUAACAACUUUUUGAAAGACGAAAUUGAAAGAUAUCACGAUGUUCGACCAGUACUAACUCAAAUAGUAACAGAAAUUAAAGAACCUGUUAAUAUCGUGCAGAUAGAAAUUAAAGAAAUUCCCAAAGAAAUAUCCCCAAAAAAAUCUAAAGUAAAAGGUGAUAAAGACAGCGGCAUAUUUGGUAUAUUCAAAAAGAAAGAACCCACAGAAAGAGAAGUUAAAAGCAAACCUGCUCUAUCAGAUCUCACUUUGGAAAACAUGGCUCAAAGUGAUACCUUUUUGAAAGAUGAAGUUGAUAAAUAUCACGAUGUUCGUCCAAUUGUUACAGAAACCGUCAGUGAGGUCAUGGAACCACCAAUAGUAGAACAAAUAACUAUUAAAGAUACCGUUCAAGUCGAAGAGAAAAUAGAAGCUUCGCCUAAAAAAGGGAAAAACGAAGAUAAAGAAGCUGGCAUUUUUAGUAUAUUUAAAAAGAAGCCUUCAGAAGAAAAGGAAGUUGAAGUUAAAACUGUUAGUCUUGUAAGUAAAGCUCUUUCUGACACAACUUUAAAACAUAUGAAUGAGAGUAAUAGGUUUUUAAAAGACGAAAUUGACCAAUACCAUGAUGUUAGACCAGUUAUACCUCAAGUAACAACAGAAAAUAUCGCUGACCUGGAAGUUAAAGAAAUACCCAAGCAAGGUAAACAAAAAGAUAUAUCACCCAAAAAAUCUAAGGAUGGUGGACUUUUUGGCAUAUUCAAAAAGAAAGAACAUACAGAACGAGUGAAGACUGUAGGUUUAGAAGGGAAACCAGUUGUUUCUGAAGAAACUUUGCAGCAUAUGUCCCAAAGUGACAAUUUCCUUAAGGAUGAAGUUGAGAAAUAUCACGAUGUUCGUCCCAUAAUAACUGAUAAAGUAGAACCCGCACAAGUCGAACAAAUUACCAUAAAAGAAACUGUAAAAAUUUUAGAGAAGUCUGAUGCAGCCAAAAUUGUAGAAAGUUCUUCUGAAAUCACUUUGACACACAUACCUGAGAAUGAGAAGUUCUUAGAAAAAGAAAUCCAAAAAUAUCAUGACGUUCGUCCAAUAGUACCUGUAGCAGUAGUCAAACAAAUGCCAGUUGAACACUUAGAAAUUACAGAAACUCCUAAACCUGAUCAGACUACUGACACAUCGCCAAAAAAAUCGAAAAUAAAAGGAGAAAAAGAAAGUGUCGGUUUAUUUGGUAUGUUUAAGAAAAAAGAACCUAUAGAGAAAAAGGUUAAAAUAGAAGCCAAACCGAGUCUUUCCGAAACAACAUUAGAGUAUAUGACUCAAAGUGAUAACUUCUUGAAAGAUGAAAUUAAUCGAUAUCAUGACGUACGUCCAAUAAUUACAAAACCUCUAGUUAGCAAUGGCGAAGAGGUUCAAAUAGAAGAGUUAAAAGUUAAAGAAAUACAACAAAAAGAAAAAGCCUCUCCCAAAAAAUCUAGAAAAGAGAAAACAAAAAGUGAAUCAACUGACUUAUUUGGUCUGUUCAAGAAAAAAGGUUCUGAGGAACGAGAAAUCAAACCUCUAGAAAAAACAUCAUUAUCUGAAGUUGUUUUCAAAAAUAUGCAAGAAUCUGACACAUUUCUAAAAGAUGAAAUACAAAGAUAUCACGAUGUUAGACCAAUUAUAACAAAACCCGUUGAAAUAGAAGAUGAAAUACUUAAAGUUAAACAAGAAAUUAAAGAGACAGUUAAGCCAGUCGUCCUGGAAACAGAAAUAAAUACAGCAACUUUAGAAAGGCCUAAGAAAAAGAAGAAAGAAAAAGGUGGUAUUUUGGGAAUGUUUAAGUCCAAGCCUAGUACCGAUCAAGAAGAAACUUACAAAGAACCUACACUUUCUGAUGAAGUCGUUAAACAUAUGGAAACAACCGAUACUUUCCUUAAAGACGAAGUAGAUAAGUAUCAUGAUGUAAAACCCAUAGAAAUAUCUACUGUUGCUGACAUACCUAAAGAAAAACUGGCUACAGAUAAAAUCGUCAUACCUGGAGCACGACCUAUCAUACAAGAAACUAUAAUUGUCACUGUUGAAGAAACUAAACGGGAAAAAGGCAAAAAAGAAGUAAAAAAAGAAGAAACAUUUGUUACAAAAGAAGAUGGUAGUUUAGGUGAAAUUGUAAAAUCUAUUGAAGAGGAAAGUAAACGACUACUUGAUGAAGCUAAAUCCAGAACGGAAGACACGAAAGGUAAAGUAAGAGAAACAUACCAAACGUUCCACAGAAAAGAAGAAUCUGUGGAAAGGGAUAUUAAAAUUUCUUCGGUCAAAUUCCAAGAAGUGACGAAACAAGAGAAAGUAGUAAAGUUUACUGACGUCGAAGAACCUAAAGUAAAAGAGGAAGUUCAAAAAUUCAUUACAAAAGUUACUGAAAUUGGUCAUCCUACUUUAUCGGACCUAAAAGUUGAACAUAUGAAUGACAGUAACCGUUUCUUAGAAACUGAAAUUGAUAAGUACCAUGAUGUAAAACCAGUUGUAUCCGAACUACAAAAAGAAACGGUAUCUGUAAGCGAAAAACCAGAACCAGAAGCUGAGGAUGCUCACCAAAAAAAUAAAAAAGACGGUGGAGUUUUAGGUAUAUUCAAAAAGAAACCCAUUGAAGAUAAAACAAUCAAACAACCUUUAUCAGAAAUCGUUACAAAAUAUAUGCAAGACAGUGAAAACUUUUUAAAUGGUGAAAUAGAAAAAUACUCGGACGUUCGUCAAAUUGUUCCAGAAAAAAAAUCAGAAAUUGAAUUGCAAAAGACACAAAUUGCAGAUUCUAUCACAUCUUCUCCAAAGAAAGAAAAGAAAAAAGACGUUGAUGGACAAAAAGGAGGCAUUUUUGGAGUGUUUAAAAAGCGAGGCAGCUCUGCAGAUAGAGAAGCUAAGGUUAAAUCAGGAGAAUUCGAAGAAAAAGAAGCUAAACCGAGCGGUAUAUUAGGUGUGUUCAAGAAAAAAGCAGGAUCUUUAGAAAGAGAUGUCAAACCUCCACAAUCUAAAACGGUUGUUCUUUCCGAAACAACUGUAAAAGAAAUGAAAGACAGUACUAACUUUUUACAAAGCGAAAUUGAAAAAUAUCAUGAUGUUAGACCGUUUGUUACAAAUAUCGAAGUUCCAGAGACGCCUGUUGUGGUUACUACGACAACAGAAAAGUCUCAAAGAGAUCAUAAAGACAAGGUUGAAGAAAAAGGUGGCCUCUUUGGUAUAUUCAAGAAAAAGACCGGUUCUCUUGAAAGGGAUGUAAAAGGAAUACCCACAGAACUUAAAGAAGAGAAAAAGAAGGCAAGAGAACCUAUAUUUGGUAAACCAAAAACAGUUUCAAAAUCGGCACUGUCUGAAGAAACUAUUAGGAAUAUUAAAGAAUGCAGUAGUUUCUUGGAUACAGAGGUUCAAAAAUACCACGACGUUAUACCAAUUUCUACAGAUCUCUUAGAAACAGAAGUACCAACAAUUCUACCAAUAACAGAACGAACGUUGUACAAAACCGAAAUAAUUGAAGAAAGCUCAACCACUGAACAACCAUUGUUUAAAACGGUAAUAACUGAACAAGAAACUUCACAUGAAACAAGCAAGGAAAAAAUAGUAGAAACGAUAAACGAGCAAGCUUUCGAUGUAGUUACAGGUGGUCCUGUAACUGUCACAGUAAACACGAACGAACCAUUAGUAAAAACAGAAGUGAUCACAAUGACAACAGGCACAAAAGAAGAAACAACUAAAGAUAAAAAGAAAAAGAAAGAUAAAGACGUCGAAAAAGGAGGUUUAUUUGGUAUCUUUAAGAAGAAAGGUGGCUCAAUAGAAAGAGAAGUUAAACCAUUAACAGCAAUUGAAGCAGAAGCUUUAGUAAAACAAGAAGCACCUGUUUUGUCCGAGACAACAGUUAAACACAUGAAUGAAAGCAUUGAUUUCUUAAAUAAUGAAGUUUACAAAUAUCACGAUGUACGACCAAUUAUCGAUAUUAAUGAACAAAAAACGGUAUUAAGUCCUGUAACUCCUAGCAUUAAGUCAGAAGAACCCGCGGUAAAAACAGAAAUAAUAAUUAAAACACAGAGUGUGGUAGAAGAAAGAAGCCAGGAUAAAAGGAAAAAGGGAGACAAAGACGGAGAAGAAGGUGGUCUGUUUAGUAUCUUUAAGAAGAAAGGUGGUUCAUUAGACAGAGAUAUUAAACCAUUAACCGAAGUUGAAGCACAAGUUUUAGCGAAACAAGAAAAGCCUGUUUUGUCUGAGACAAUAGGUAAAAAUAUAAAUGAAAGUACUGACUUCUUAAAUACCGAAGUUGACAAAUAUCAUGAUGCACGACCAACUGUAGAUGCCAAAGAACCAGAAAUAUUAAUAAGCCCUAUUACUGUUGCUGUUAAAACUGAAGAACCAAUAGUACAAACCGAAAUAAUAACAACCACAUCGACAACAACACAGAGUGUGGCAGACGAACCAAGCAAAGAUAAAAAGAAGAAGAAAGCUAAAGACGGAGAAAAAAGUGGUCUUUUUGGUAUCUUUAAGAAGAAAGGUGGUUCAUUGGAAAGAGAUAUUAAACCAUUAACAGAAAUUGAAGCAGAAUCUUUGGUAAAACAAGAAAAACCUGUUUUGUCUGAGACAACAGUUAAAAACAUGAAUGAAAGCAUUGACUUCUUAAAUAACGAAGUUGACAAAUAUCACGAUGUACGCCCAAUCAUAAGUAUUAUUGAAAAGGAGACAGUAUUAAGUCCUGUCGCUGGCAGUAUUAAGUCUGAAAUGCCUGUAGUGAAAACAGAAAUAAUUACAACAGAGAAUGUAGUAGAAGAAACAAGCAAAGAUAAAACGAAGAAGAAAGCUAAAGACGGAGAAAAAAGUGGUCUUUUUGGUAUCUUCAAGAAGAAAAGUGGUUCAUUGGAAAGAGAUAUUAAACCAUUAACAGAAAUUGAAGCAGAAUCUUUGGUAAAACAAGAAAAACCUGUUUUGUCUGAGACAACAGUUAAAAACAUGAAUGAAAGCAUUGACUUCUUAAAUAACGAAGUUGACAAAUAUCACGAUGUACGCCCAAUUAUAAGCAUUAUUGAAAAGGAGACAGUAUUAAGUCCUGUCGCUAGCAGUAUUAAGUCUGAAAAGCCUGUAGUGAAAACACAAAUAAUUACAACAACAGAGAAUGUAGCAGAAGAAACAAGCAAAGAUAAAACGAAGAAGAAAGCUAAAGACGGAGAAAAAAGUGGUCUUUUUGGUAUCUUCAAGAAGAAAGGUGGUUCAUUGGAAAGGGAUAUUCAACCAUUAACAAAAAUUGAAGCAGAAUCUUUGGUAAAACAAGAAAAACCUGUUUUGUCUGAGACAACAGUUAAACACAUGAAUGAAAGCAUUGACUUCUUAAAUAACGAAGUUGACAAAUAUCACGAUGUACGCCCAAUCAUAAGUAUUAUUGAAAAGGAGACAGUAUUAAGUCCUGUCGCUGGCAGUAUUAAGUCUGAAGUGCCUGUAGUGAAAACAGAAAUAGUUACAACAACAGAGAAUGUAGUAGAAGAAACAAGCAAAGAUAAAACGAAGAAGAAAGCUAAAGACGGAGAAAAAAGUGGUCUUUUUGGUAUCUUCAAGAAGAAAGGUGGUUCAUUGGAAAGAGAUAUUAAACCAUUAACAGAAAUUGAAGCAGAAUCUUUGGUAAAACAAGAAAAACCUGUUUUGUCUGAGACAACAGUUAAAAACAUGAAUGAAAGCAUUGACUUCUUAAAUAACGAAGUUGACAAAUAUCACGAUGUACGCCCAAUUAUAAGCAUUAUUGAAAAGGAGACAGUAUUAAGUCCUGUCGCUAGCAGUAUUAAGUCUGAAAAGCCUGUAGUGAAAACACAAAUAAUUACAACAACAGAGAAUGUAGCAGAAGAAACAAGCAAAGAUAAAACGAAGAAGAAAGCUAAAGACGGAGAAAAAAGUGGUCUUUUUGGUAUCUUCAAGAAGAAAGGUGGUUCAUUGGAAAGGGAUAUUCAACCAUUAACAAAAAUUGAAGCAGAAUCUUUGGUAAAACAAGAAAAACCUGUUUUGUCUGAGACAACAGUUAAAAACAUGAAUGAAAGCAUUGACUUCUUAAAUAACGAAGUUGAGAAAUAUCACGAUGUACGCCCAAUUAUGAGCAUUAUUGAAAAGGAGACAGUAUUAAGUCCUGUCGCUGGCAGUAUUAAGUCUGAAAUGCCUGUAGUGAAAACAGAAAUAAUUACAACAACAGAGAAUGUAGUAGAAGAAACAAGCAAAGAUAAAACGAAGAAGAAAGCUAAAGACGGAGAAAAAAGUGGUCUUUUUGGUAUCUUCAAGAAGAAAGGUGGUUCAUUGGAAAGAGAUAUUAAACCAUUAACCGAAAUUGAAGCAGAAUCUUUGGUAAAACAAGAAAAACCUGUUUUGUCUGAGAAAACAGUUAAAAACAUGAACGAAAGCAUUGACUUCUUAAAUAACGAAGUUGACAAAUAUCACGAUGUUCGGCCAAUUAUAUUCACUAAUGAACAAGAAACAGUGUCAAGUCCGGUCACUGUCAGCAUUAAGAUUAAAGAACCCGUUGUAAAAACAGAAAUAGUUAUAACGACAUCGACUACAGCAACAGAUAGUGUGGUAAAAGAAACGAGCAAAGAUAAAAAGAAGAAGACGGAAAAAGAUGGAGAGAAAGGUCUGUUUGGUAUUUUCAAAAAGAAAGCUGACUCAUUAGAAAGAGAUGUUAAACCAUUAAGAGCAACUGAAGCAGAAGCUUUAGUAAAACAAGAAAAACCUAUUUUGUCUGAGACAACACUUCAAAACAUGAAUGAAAGCAUUGACUUCUUAAAUAACGAAGUUGACAAAUAUCACGAUGUUCGACCAGUUUUAGGCAUUAAUGAACAAGAGACAGCAUUAAGUCCUGUUGCCGUAAGCAUUAAGCCUGAAGAGUCUGCAGUCAAAACAGAAAUAAUUGCAUCAACAGAGAGUGUGAUAGAAGAAACAAGCAAAGAUAAAACUAAGAAGAAAGAAAAAGAGGGAGAAAAAGGUGGUAUCUUUGGUAUCUUCAAGAAGAAAGGUGGCGCAUUAGAAAGAGAUAUUAAACCAUUAACAGCACUUGAUGCAAAACAAGAAAAAUAUGUUUUGUCCGAGACAACAGUUAAAAACAUGAAUGAAAGUAAUGAUUUCCUCAAUAACGAAGUUGAUAAAUAUCACGAUGUACGACCAAAUAUAGACAUUAAUAAACAAGAAGCAGUAGUAAGUCCUGUCACCAUUAGCAAUAAGUCUGAAGAACCCGUUGUGAAAACAGAAAUAGUUACAACCACUUCGAAUACAACAACAAAAAGUGUGGUAAAAGAAACAAGCAAAGAUAAAAAGAAGACAGAAAAAGAUGGAGAAAAAGGUGGUCUUUUUGGUAUCUUUAAAAAGAAAGGUGGCUCAUUGGAAAGAGAUGUUAAACCAUUAACAGCGAUUGAAGCAGAAGCUUUAGCAAAACAAGAAAAACCUGUUUUGUCUGAGACAACAGUUAAAUACAUGAAUGAAAGCAUUGACUUCUUAAAUAACGAAGUUGACAAAUAUCAUGAUGUACGCCCAACUAUAAGCAAUAAUGAACAAGAAAUAGUAUCAAGUCCUGUUAUUGUCAGUAUUGAGACUAAAGAUCCCGCUUUAAAAACAGAAAUAAUAACAACCAUAUCGACUACAACAACAGAGAAUAUAGUAGAAGAAACAAGCAAAGAUAAAAAGAAGAAGAAAGACAAAGACGGAGAAAAAGGUGGUCUUUUCGGUAUCUUUAAGAAGAAAGGUGGCUCAGUAGAAAGAGAUGUUAAACCAUUAACAGCAGUUGAAGGACAAGUUUUAACAAAACAAGAAAAACCUGUUUUGUCUGAGAAAACAGUUGAAAACAUGAAUGACAGCAUCGACUUCCUAAAUAACGAAGUUGACAAAUAUCACGAUGUACGGCCAGUUAUUGUCAAUAAUAAGCAAGAAACAGUAUUAAGUCCGGUCACUGUCAGCAUUAAGAUUAAAGAACCAGUUGUAAAAACAGAAAUAAUAACAACCACAUCGACUACAACAACAGAAAAUGUGGUAGAAGAAACAAGCAAAGAUAAAAAGAAGAAGAAAGACAAAGACGAAGAAAAAGGUGGUCUUUUUGGUAUCUUUAAGAAGAAAGGUGGCUCAGUAGAAAGAGAUGUUAAACCAUUAACAGUUGAAGCACAAGUUUUAGCAAAACAAGACAAAACUGUUUUGUCUGAGACAACAGUUAAAAACAUGAAUGAAAGCAUUGAUUUCUUAAAUAAUGAAGUUAACAAAUAUCACGAUGUAAGACCAAUUGUAGACAUCAAUGAACAAGAAGUAAUAUUAAGGCCUGCCACCUUUAGCAUGAAGUCUCAAGAACCCGUUGUAAAAACAGAAAUAGUUACAACCACAUCUACUACAACAGAUAGUAUGGUAAAAGAAACAAACAAAGAUAAAAAGAAGAAGACGGAAAAAGAUGGAGAGAAAGGUGUGUUUGGUAUCUUCAAAAAGAAAGGUGGCUCAUUAGAAAGAGAUGUUAAACCAUUAACAGCAAUUGAAGCAGAAGCUUUAAAACAAGAAAAACUUAUUUUGUCUGAGACAACAGUUAAAAAUAUGAAUGAAAGCAUUGACUUCUUAAAUAACGAAGUUAACAAAUAUCACGAUGUACGACCAAUUAUAAGCAUUAAUGAACGAGAGACAAUAUUAAGUCCUGUUGCCGUCAGCAUUAAACCUGAAGAUCCCGCAGUCAAAACAAAAAUAAAUGCAACAACAGAGAGUGUGGUAGAAGAAACAAGCAAAGAUAAAACGAAGAAGAAAAACAAGGAGGGAGAAAAAGGUGGUCUCUUUGGUAUCUUUAAGAAGAAAGGUGGCUCAUUAGAAAGAGAUGUUAAACCAUUAACAGCAAUUGAAGCAGACGCUUUAGUGAAACCAGAAAAACCUGUUUUGUCCGAGACAACAGUUAAAAGCAUGAAUGAAAGUGUUGACUUCUUAAAUACUGAAGUUGACAAAUAUCACGAUGUACGACCAAUUAUUAAUCACAAAAAAGCAGACAUAAUUUCUUUGGAGAAAUCAUUAACAACAACAGAAAUCGUCACACAUGAAAUUAUCAAAGAUAAGAAUAUCAAAAAAGAUCACGGCGAAGAAAAGAGUUUGUCUGGUAUUUUUAAGAAAAAGGAUAAAACCCAUGGUAAGGAGACUCUUCAGUCUCGAGAACAUAUCUUAUCUGAAGGUGCAGUUAAAGAUACAGAUGCUAGUAACAAAUUUUUAGAUAAUGAAGUUGAAAAAUAUCAUGAUGUUAAACCAAUUAAAAAAGAAAUUGAAAUAACACCUACAAUUUUUGAAACAAAAGAAGCAUUAAUUAAAACAGAAAUAAAAGUCGACGAACCUUCAGUUAAAACACAAAUACAAAUAGAAGAACCACUGGUUAAAAUAGACGUAAAAUCCGAUGAACAUACAGUAGAAAUCGUUAAAGGAAAGAAGAAGAAAAAAGACAAGGAAAUAGAUGGAGAAAAGAGCAGUAUAUUCAGCUUAUUUAAGAAAAAAGGAGACUCAUUAGAACGAGAUGCAAAACAAACUUCUUUUACUGAACCAGAGGCAAUGGUAUCAAAAGCAGUUUUGUCGGGCACAACAAUUAAGGAAAUGCAUGACAGUACCAACUUCCUACAAACUGAAAUUGACAAAUAUCACGAUGUUCGCCCAAUUAUAACUGACAUUGAAGCAAAAGAAAUAACUGAAGAAAUUUCAACGAAAGAAAAAUCACCUAAAGAAUCUGAAGUUAGUAAAGGGGGACUCUUUGGAAUGUUUAAAAAGAAAACAGGAUCGUUGGAAAGAGAGGUUAAAAGUAUACCUUCUGAGGUUGCUAAAGAAAAGAAUACAGUUAAAGAUUCUCUAUUUGGUAAAAAAGCAGAACAAAUUCAUACUGAAGUUGCCAUUAAACAGGACAAACCUGUUUUGUCAGAAACAGUUAUUAAAGAUAUUAUUGAUAGCAACAGUUUCUUAGAUACAGAAGUUGAUAAGUAUCAUGAUGUGAAGCCAAUAUUACCAGCAGAUGAAAAGGAUAUUUUAGAGAAAGCUUCUAUAAAAACAGAAGUGGUAUCAGAACAAUAUGUUAAACUUGAAGCACCAACACUUAUAAAAGAUACACAAAUAGAGGAAUCUACUAUACAAGUUACAACUACUGAAAAACCGUUAAAAAAGAAGAAAGAUAAAGAUUCUGACAGUGGACUUUUUGGUAUAUUUAAGAAAAAAUCUGGAUCUUUAGAGCGUGAUGUGAAGCCGCCUGUGACCGAAAUUGAAACUUCUUACGUUAAACCAGAAAAACCUAUUCUCUCAGAAUCAACAGUUAAAGAAAUAACUGAUAGUACUAGCUUCUUGCAAACUGAAAUUGACAAGUAUCACGAUGUACGACAGAUUCCUCAAGACUUUGAAUUUGAAGAAAUACCAGUUGCAGAAACUCCAAAAGCAGAACAAGCUGUGAAAGUUUCCAAAGAAAAAGAAGCUAAAGGUCUAUUCGGUAUCUUCAAAAAGAGAUCAGGAUCUGCUGAAAGAGAUGUUGAAGAAAAGAAAAAGAUUAGAGAACCUAUAUUCGGAAAACCGAAGAAAACGGAAAAACCGGACUUGUCAGAAACUACUCUUAAAGAUAUGCAGGAUAGCAACAUAUUUUUAGAAAUGGAAGUUGACAAGUAUCAUGACGUUAAACCAAUAAUUAAAUCAGUAACAUCUGAAGAGCAAACUGUCAUAAAAACACAAAUAGAACAAAUUUCUGGUACAGCUAAAGAAAAGACUCCCAUCUUCAGUAUCUUCAGAAAGAAAGACGCAUCACUCGAAAGAGAUUUGAAAUCAGUUACAACAGAAUCUGAAAUACAAAAAAUUGAGAAGUCUAUUUUAUCUCAAACAACUGUUAAAGAAACUGUACCUAUAGGUUUAUCCUUAACAACAGACGAACCUUUAGUCAAAACAGAACAAAGUAUAGAAACAUCGCCAAAGAAAAUGAAAGAAAAGUACCCAGAAGCAGAAAAAGGCGGUAUUUUCGGUAUCUUCAAGAAAAAAGGAGGAUCCCUUGAACGAUAUGUUAAACCAAUCCCUGCUGCUCUAUCUGAAACCACUUUCAAACAAAUGGAAGACAGUACCAAUUUCUUGGAAACCGAAAUUGACAAAUACCACGAUGUAAGACCAAUAAUUGAUUCAAGCAAAGAAGGUACAACAGUAGAAGAAAUCAAGGAAGAACAAACUACCGAAAAAAAGGAAAAAGGAGGUCUGUUUGGAAUUUUCAAAAAGAAACCGGCAGAAGGCAAAGAUAAAGAGCUGCCUGAAGAAACUAUUCAAAAUACGCAACACUCCGACAACUUCCUAAAAGGUGAAAUUGAUAAAUAUCACGAUGUCCGACCAAUGAUAGAAACUAAAUCAGUCACCGCAGAACCAGAGUCGUUAUUAGAAUCAAUCGAAAAGGAACUAAAAGAUAAAGCAACAGAAAAUAUCCAAAAAGUUAAAGAAGAGUUUAAAGAAAUCGAACCCGUUAUUACAGAAUCGAUAACUAUUACUAAAGAAAAGUUAAUUUUAACUGAACCACCUUUCAAACAAGAACCUGAUAAAAUUCCUAAAGAGAAAAUAUCAUCACCUAAAAAACAAAAAGAGAAAAAAUCCGGACUUUUCGGCAUUUUCAAAAUGAAAGACCAUGAUGAAAAAGCUGAAUCUCAAAUUGCUGAUGAAGUUAAACAAAAUAUGGACAAUUCGCAAUCAUUUCUGGUAACUGAAGUUGACAAAUAUCACGACGUUCACCCAAUCAUUAUUGAAGUACCUAAAGAACCAGAAAUAAUAACGAAAGUAGAAAAAUCCGAAAUACAAGACGUUAAAGUAACGGAAACUGUGGAACGAAUAACUACCAGCUUUCCGUUGGAAAAGCAUUUGGAUGAAAUAAUGUUUAAAAAUAUUGAAAAUAGUAAAACGCUACUUAACGACGACGAAGAACAAUUCUACGAUGCCACAUCAUUAAGUAGAGAUGAAAUCACUAAAUUAGAAUCAAAACCUACUGGCAAAGAAGAUUUGACCUUUAAAGAAAGUAUCCAAGAGGCCAUAAAGGACAGUAACGCGUUUCUUCGACAAGAAGUUGAAAAAUUCCAUGAUGUCAGACCAGUUAUUACUUCUAUUGAAGAAGUAGAAACGAUAGAAGAACCCAAAUCCAAAGAACCAAAACCUAAAGAAGGCAAAUCUGGUUUCUUCGGUAUAUUCAAAAAGAAAGGACCAGAAGAAAGGGAAAUGCAACUCACCGAAGAAAAGAUAACUAAGAAGCAGAAGAAAGAUUUAAAACAGGUACAACAACAAAUUAUUGAAAGACCUAAGCUUUCAGGAGAAACUAUAAAAGCAAUGGGCGACAGCAAUUCAUUUUUAGAAAACGAAAUUGAAAUUUAUCAUGAUGUUCGACCCGUUAUAACAGAACCUCUAGUGAUAGCAGAAACACAAAUUAAGGAAGAAACUCUUAAAGAUAAAGAACAGAAAAAAGGUGGUUUCUUGGAUAAAUUUAAGAGAAGGUCAGAAGAAAAAGAGUUAAAACGAAAAUCAGGACCAUCAGAAGAUACUCUUAAGAACAUGCUCGACUCAAAUAGUUUUAUACAAACUGAAAUUCAGAAAUUCCACGAUGUAAGACCAACUGUUGCACAAUCUGCCGAAAUAGAUCCCAAAGAACAAGUCUCUAAAACAGCACUGUCUCCUACUGAAGCUGCUAAAAAUUCAAAAAUUGACGAAGAAAGUAGUCAUGAUAAGAAACAAAAAGACAAGAAAAAAGAUAAAGGAUUCUUUGGCAUCUUCAAGAAGAAGGGCUCGGAGAGUCAAGACUCGGAGAAAAAACCCAAAAACGAUAAAAUUGUACUAACUGAAGACGUUAUAAAAUCAAUGAAAGAUUCAGACAACUUCCUGACAGGCGAAAUUGAUAAAUAUCACGAUGUGCGUCCAAUUCAACAGGUUUUUACUAAAGAAAUAACUAAACCUGUUCCUAAAUCAGAUGUAUUUGUAGUGUCAGAAGAUAAGGAAGCAAAAGCAAGCCCUUCAAAAAUAAACAAGCAAGAGACUGAACAACACAUUAUAAUAACAGAAAAACAUUUCGUUAAAGAAGGAGGUUAUUUAAAUGAAGUAUUUGUUAAAGAAACAACAGAAAAGAAAACCGUUACUGAUAAUAAGCUAGUAGAAGCACAGGAUGUUGGUAAAAACUUACACGAAACCUCUAAUUUCUUAAACACGGAACUCGAUGUAUAUGAAGACGGAUCUCCAGUUAAAAAGGAGAGGGUAGAAAAGAGUGACAUACAGCCUAAACUCUCUUCUGAGACUUUAGGUCACAUGCUUUCUACUAGUGACUUUAUCAGAGAUGAAAUAACCAACUAUCAUGAUGUUAAACCUAUUAUUAGCACAGAAGAAGCAGAAAAAGAUAAGGACAAAGAAAAGAGUAAAAAAUUGUUUGGCUUGUUUUCUAAAAAGAAAUCUCCCGAGAAAGACACCGAAAGCAAACCCAAUGAAGAAGACAAAAAGAAAUCAAAAGAUGAGGCAGCUGCACCUGACAGCAAAGAUUUCUCUAAAGGAGAAACCGACCGCUAUCAGGAGGUUAGAAAAUCCAAAGAAGAUAGUGGUAGUUUCUUUGGUCUGUUUUCAAAGAAAACCAAACCACAAGAAAAAGAAAAGAGCGUAGAAAAGGAAUUACCUCAACAGCUGUCUCAAGAAGUCGCCGAACAUAUGAAAAACAGCUCAGACUUUUUAACCAAAGAGGUUGAUUUGUAUCACGAUGUCAAACCGCAAUUGGACGAAAGCUUCAAUGUAGAUAUCUUUGAACCCGUUACUUUAUCUCCUAUCCACUUACCUGAUACUCAAUUUACACUGACAUCAGAAAGAAUACAGCAGAAAACACCAGAAGAAUCUCCACAAAAAUCUAAAGAGGAAGCCUGUUUCGAUAAACUCUACGAAAAUUUAAAAGAUGAAAGUCCUAAACGAACAGUAACCACUACAGUCACUAAGGAAUCGAUACCUAGUGGAGAACGAGUUACCAAAGUAAAACAAGAAGUUAUAACAGGUACAAUCCAACUAGGACCUGAUGUAUUGGACGACAUCGAGAAAUUAGAAAAAGAAAUAAACGCCAAACUAGAAGAGAUCCGUAAACAAACGGGAGAUUAUGAAGAUGCUAGUAUUGAAGUUAGGCAAUAUACAGUAAACGAUCAAGACAAACAACAAGAAACAGAAGAGUCAGAUCUAUUCAACAAGCGCGUCCAUUCCGAAUUACCGGAUAUUCCAGUUUCGGGUAGAAUAUCAGAAUUGUCUUUUGAUGAGCCUUCUCCUUUUAUAGAACGUAAAUUAAACGCAGAAAUUUUGAGACAGAUGCAACAGAGUCAUAGUUUUCUCACCACAGAAAUCGAAAAUUACGACGAUGGCAAAUCAGAGAUCGUCACUGACUUAGAUGAAGAACAGAAAGUAAAAUCCACUGGUCUGUUCGGUAUUUUCAGUAAGAAAGAAAAAUCUGUCAGUCCGAACAUCACUAAGAAGAAAUUUAAAAAAUCUAAAGAUGCCAAGUCUGUAGACGAGCCAGAGAAAGUAGGUUUCAUUGAAAAGAUUGGUCGUAAAUUAACUGGUGGAAAAUAUGAUGUAGAAGAAGCUUCAAAGAAUGUUUCCUUCCCUGAAGUAGGAGUUUUAACAACUGCUGCUGAAAGCGAUACUAGCAAAAUUGGAGGUUCAGUAAAGCAAAUAGAAAGAGACGUUAUAGAUUCGGCCAUAACAGAAGUGGGAAAUCUUCAAGAUGCCACCAAAGAACAAUUUAAAGAAACCGAAGAAGAAUUCAAGAAAUUAGCAAAAGAUUCGAAGAAACAGCUCAAAGAAGAGGAAAAAUCUGCCAAAGAAAAACUAAAAUCAACUGGUCUAGCAGUAGAAGAUAAGUCUUUAGAAGCUUUUAAAGAAACUAAAGAAACCGUUGAUAAAGUCAGUAAAAAAUCAACUGGAUUCUUUAGUAAACUAGGCGAAAAAGUCCAUGGUAAAAGCGAGGAUAAAGAAAAGUUGGAUAAGAAAGAGAAGAAACCAAAAAAGUCGGGAUUUUUAUCGAAACUAGGAGGAAAAGGCAGUAAAGAAGUUUCUUUUGAAAUUCCCGAAGCUACUACCGUAAUCGAAUCAACUCUGCCACUUGAUAUUAAAACCGAAAUUGGCGAACUAAAAUCUACAAGCGAAGUUGCCAAAUCAGAUUCUGCAAAUUUCGUAAACGACUUACUUCAAAGUUUUGACGAUAAACUGGAUAACGUUAAAGAACAGAAAGAUGAUUUAGAAUACUCGUCGAAGGAAGCAAUUAAAGAAUUUGAAGAAAGAACGGAAAAUAUAAAAAAAGGUGUAUCAGACAUAGCGAAUAAACAACAGGAGAAGAUUAAAGAAACAGUUAAAGAAACCGAUAGAGAAUUGGAGAAAAGGACGGAAAAUAUUAAAAAAAGUUUAAGUGAGAUGACGCAAACAUCAACAGAAAAAAUUACUGAAAUAAAACGAACAUCCGAAAAACAACUGAAAGAGCAUACAGAAUCUUUCGAAAAAACUAUUGAUGAAAAAUUUAGUGAAACUAUGAAACUUUCAGAAGAGUUAUCGAAAAUAACAAAAGACGAUGUUAAAAAAGCAUCUGCAACUAUGGAUCAACUGGAAUACCAAAAGAGACUAAUAGAAGAAGACGUUAAUAGACUGGAAGAAGAAAUACAACAAAAAAGACAGGAAGUCAAAGAAAAACUAGACGAUGAGAUAGUAUACGCACAAAAGGCUAUAAGAAUAGAAAAAAGUAAGCUGGAAACAAUGGACAGAGAGAUACGGAAGAAAAUCGAAAAAUCUGAGAAAAUAGAAAUGGGCAUAGCAUCGACUGUACAAAAUGUAGAAGAUUCUGCCAGCAUUUCGAAACCCGAUCUCUCUAAAGAAAUAGAAAAAAUAGAAGCUGACAUAACCAACGAAUUAGACAAAUUAAAAGCCACUUUGGAAGAUACAUCUAAGCAAGUAGAAGAUAGCGCAAAAAGUAAGUCAGAGUCAGUAAAGAAAACUCCUAUACAAGCCGAACAAACUGCUAACUCAAAAUCAGAAACAUUGUUUACCUCUAUUAAAGAUACCAUUGAUCAAGGAAAUGUCACUGUAAAGGGUAAACUAGAAACUGUAAGUACCACUAUUAAAGAUACCACUGAUCUAACAAAGACCAACGUACAGAGUAAAGUAGAAACUAUGAGCCCUUCUAUUAAGCACACAACCGACCUAACAAUGGACGUUGUAACAAGUAAAGUAGAAACAGUUAAAGACAAAACAGAAGAAAUAAACGAGAAAGCAAAGAAUGAGCAGCAAAAAUUAAAAGCGGCACAAUCUAAGAUCGAAGCUGAUGUUAAAGAAGCCACAGACAAAGCUUCUAAAAAGAGUAAAGGUUUCUUCGAUAAACUUGGAAAGAAAAUGACUGGAAAAAAAGACGACGUAAAAGAAUCCGUAAAGGAAACAUCCGAAAAAAUUGAAACUACAAUUGAAGCGGCUGCCGAAGAUGUUGCUACAAAAAGCAAAAGUGUUUUCGGAAAACUAGGAAAGAAACUCAGCGGAAAGGGCGAUGAGUUAAAAGCAACUGAAGCUAAAAUUGAAGCUAAAGUAGCCAAAGCUGAUGAAACGUUACAGCAACAAAUAGACACUUCAUCACAAGCUGUUGAAAGUGCAUUAUUUGGGCAAAAACAGCAAAUGAGACCAGACGUUCAACAACAGAGUGUUGACUUUUUAGAAGCUGAAAGUAGAAGAACAGAUGAUCCUAAAAUGAGCCGGGCGGUGUCGGAUUAUGGAAGUCAAUUAAAGAAAAUUGUAGACGAUGGUUCUAGAAAAAUUUCAGAAGCGAAUAUCGAUUUAUCCAAUAUACCCACAGACGAUGAUAAAUAUUUGGAGGAGGACAAAUCCACUCCAUAUGUGACAUCGCCAAAAUUUUCAAGAAGGACUUUCUCGGCAAAGGUAAUAAAGAGCGGCAAACCUGAGGUUAUAGAAGUUUCGUAUGACUCAAACAUCGAUGGACAAACUAGCAGCGAUAGAUACAUUGUUACUGAACCAGACGAUCCGAGAGUAUUACCGAAAAAGCCCCUGUUUCACAUAGUAUCAGAAGAAGCUGAUGACUCAAAAGGUGAAUCAGAAUUCGCCAGAAGCGACAGUAGUAGUUCUAACGUUUUAGAAACGUUGACAGAAAGUAGAAUAGAAAGCUUACUAAGCGAUUUAACCAAAGAUUUAAGCCAUUCAACCAAACCGAUAGAAACGGCUUUAAAGAAGGAAGAAAAGCGAUUGGAAGCGCACAAAAAAGAUUCAGAUGCCGAAGUAGAUUUGAUAGAGCGUAAAUUGCGUGACUUAGACAAAGCUUUAGAUUCAUUAGAACAAGUAGAAAUAGUAGAAUCGAUUGAAGAGACGAGGGAUAAUCGCAUAGAGAAAAAAUUGCGCAGAGUCGAAAGAAAAUUCGAAAGAAUGGCGUCAGACGUGAUAGAUAAAGAGUCCGAAGCGGGUAAGAGCGUUCAAAUGACCAGCCCAGAGAUUGAAAUCAAACGCGAGACCGAGUACCAAACGCUGGUGUCGCAGCUUAGCACGGAAGACAUUAGCGAGUUCCAAAAGGAAUUCAGCCACAUGUGGGACGAACACACGUUCUCGAAAAGCAGCGACAGAGAGUCUAAAACGCCGGACAGCCAAGCGGACGCUCAAGAACUUCCACAAGGAGCUGACCAUCCAGUAAGCUCAAGCUCAGUUAGAGAGGGUACCGCUUCUUCAUCGACGCGAACCCAAGUAAGCACCCGUAGAAGACCUCUUCGUUAUGAAAUCAGUGUCGAAGACCAAACAGAGGUGGAUCCUAGGGAACACGAUUGGCGGUUUAAUUUACCCAAACAUGCUGAAGGUGAAGAAGGAGCUGAGAAAGAUGAGUCCGGCUAUGAAAGGAGCGUGGCUGAUCAGCAUCAGCUCUCAGAAGAAAUGAAAGAACUCCUGAAAGAACUAGAAAAGGAAAGCAAGCAAUAAAGCGGUCAAAAUCAAAGAAAGUAAUAAAUAUCGACAUAUCCCAAAUCUUCGUAACUAUUCCAGAUGUGACAUGAGUGUUAUAUUAACAAAAAUGAUAAAAUUUGACAAUUCUGCUUCAAGCUUGCUAUUAAUUAUUAAGUUUGCUGAAAUUGUGUAAAAACCAAAUAAGAAAAAAAGAGAAAAGAUAAACAGUUUGUAAAAUUUUCGGUCCAUUUCACUUCCUGUCGAAAAUAAUGCCAUUUUUAAUAAAUAAAAAUGUUCCACCAAUCUUAGCAUUAAAGUAAAUAAGAAAAACUUGAUGUUAUAUUUUUAAAAAAAGCAAUGUAUAUUUUAUUUGUAUUAUUAUUUAUGUAUUAUUUAUUGAUAAGAAAAUUCUUCAGAAUUUGUAAAAUAGGGAAUAAUAUUUUUGCUUGCUAGGAUUUUACGAAAAAAAUUUCAAUUUGCUUUAUCUACAAUUUUGAAGGAUUUUAAACUGACGUACUUAUAGGUAGGUAUACAAUUUGGUAAGUUAGUAACGCUAACUUACAAUAAUUUCGAGAGUUUUAAAAAGCUGAAUAAUUUGUUUUUGUUAUAGCUGUUAUUUUUAUAUAUAUGUAUAUUGCUUUAUUGUAAGUUAAGGUUACAUGUUUGUAUAAAAUGAAAGAAAGCAAAAGGUGACAAUUUUUUAGAAUAAAUAAUGUUAUUUAGCUUUAUGGUUACAAUUUUAUAAAUGACUCUUUCUUGCAGUUUUUUGAUUUUAGCUUAUUAGAAGCAGGUUAGUGGUUUUUCCUGUUUCAUUAGAUAAAAAAAAAACAAGAAAAACUGCAGGAAAGACGAAUUUUCACUAUUAUUUAUUUUCAAUCAAUGUGAAAUACCUGAAUAUUUAACCUGUGUAUCAGAACUAUUACAGAUAAUAAAGCUUUCAAUAUAC